AUGGCACCUCAACGUAUCCUCACUACCCCCUCUCCCUCCCUCAAUCCAACCACGCCAAAACAAUGGCACGAGCACCUCACAGUCGACCUAUUCGUAACGGUCCUGAACCGCUCGGUUUUCCACCCCUUCAUCGCCUGGAUAAUCGUCCUCUGCCUCCGCGCCCAGGCUACUCCCUAUACGCACCCAGCGUUUCUGACCGCGACCGCCUACGCCACAUUUUUGACUAUUCUCAAUGUCGCGUUCAUGAUAAACGAUCAGAUUGCAUAUGGGGUGCCUAGACAGGUCGAUCUGAGCGACGAAGUUGUCGUGAUUACCGGCGGGGCAAGCGGGGUCGGGAGAUUGAUUGCGCAAAUCUAUGGUUUGCGUGGCGUGAGCGUUGCAGUGUUGGAUAUUGCGGAGCAGAAGGAUGUGAAAGGCUGGGAAGACGUCGGAGGGGUUGAGUAUUAUAAGUGUGAUAUUACGGUGAGGGGUGAAGUUGAGGAAGUGGCGCGGAGAAUCAAAGAAGAUUUGGGCACGCCAACGGUGCUUGUGAACUGUGCAGCGACCCGAAUUAACGGCCAGCCGCUCCUGUCACUCUCUGCUGAAGCAUUCCAAAAGACCAUACAGACGAAUCUUCUAGCGGUCUUCCACACCUGCCAAGUGUUCCUCCCACAUAUGCUGUCCCGCGAGAACGGAGGCACCAUCGUGAACGUGAGCUCGGUCCUUGGACAGCUGUGCGCCGCUGGUCUCGCAGACUACUCAGCAAGCAAGGCUGGCCUCAGCGCCCUGCAUCGCGCCUUGGAGGCUGAACUCCGGGUAUCAGGAAACGCGGAUAAAGUGAAAAUGGUGCUGGUCGAGACCGGCCAGAUAUCUACGCCACUGUUCAUGUUCAUCAAAACGCCAAACUCCUUUUUCGCACCUGUCCUCGAACCCAUUCGUGUUGCUCAAAAGAUCGUCUCCCUGAUAGACAAUGGUAGAAGCGGUGUUAUCAGAUUGCCGGCAUACGCCAUGUUUAUCGACAUAUAUGCGGCUCUGCCAGCAGGUCUCCAGCAGAUCGCCCGACGUUUGACCGGUAUUGACUUCGCCGUACCACAAGCGUCGUCUCAAACAAAGCAGCCUGGAAAUCCCAAACCAACAGUCAAGAGAAAAUAG